AUGGAUGGGGAGUUGCCGGAAUACGACAGUGAUGUGCAAAAUAUGUUGGACCUCUUCAUCACAAGCGAGCAGGGCCACCUACUCCAGCACGAGAAAGGUGAUGAGAUGCAUGGCCUACUGGGAGCCACUACCAACAUGGGCAACACUGACGAUGCCAACGCUGCUGCUGCAGACGAAGGCAACAAUAACGAUGGAGAGACCAAUAGUGUGCAGAGAAUGAUGACAAGUGUGUUCCAGGAAAGCCCUUAUCCAGAUGCGAAACUCCGGAAAGACCUUAGCGAGAGGCUUGGCAUGAGUGCCUUGCAGGUCAAGUUUUGGUUCCAAAACAAACGCUCCUCCAGCAAGAUUGUUGUGGUUGCUAUAUGGGAUGGCAUGAGACCUAGCGAUUGCGGCAGCAAUGUUGGGGUUGUGGAGUGA